GUUAAACGAAAUGGAGCUCCUUGAGCCUAUCACCAUAAAGCCUGUUUUCUAAGCCUUUGCUCCCUGGGGCUCUGUCUCUGGUGUUACGAAGAAGGGAAGGAUUCUGGCUAGAUCGGACUGUGCCCUGUGUCUGGAAAGGAUCCAGUGGCUGCAGCCACUAGAGGGCCCUGGAUAUGGCCCAGGAACAGGAGUCUGCUCCCUCUGCUCAGCUUAUCAGGGCUGAGUUUCCGCUGCUGCUGCUGCAUCCGGCCUGGAGCUGCGCUGAUGAUUGGCUGCUGUUGCCUGGUGGGAUCUGAUGCCCAGCUUCCCAGCUGCGCAUUGCCCAGCGGAGGGAAUGACCCACAUCCAGAUUCUUUCUCGUCCCAGCAGGAACUGAGAUUUAAGAGCGAGGAUGAGGAGGGAAUCAGCAGCAAGGAGGUGAUGAGACAAUGGAUCCGGAUGGGACCGCCCCAGGAAUCUCUGAAGCUGAGGAACACCAGAGUCUUGGGCACGGAGAAGCCCGCGAGGAUCACAGCGGGUUGGAAGAGCAGGCAGAUGGCAAUCCUGAUGCUGUCAGGAGAAGUUUAAAUGUCCAGGAUGGCACCCAGCCAGGGGAGGAUCCAGCCACAUGGGCUGAGACAGGGAGAGGCCCCAGUGGGAGCUCAGAACAUAGGGCCCUGGAAAGAACCCAGCUGCGGCAGAAGCCCCAUUGCUGCCCUGACUGCGGGAAGGCAUUCAGCUGGAGCUCCCACCUCAUUCAGCACCAGCGGGUUCACACAGGGCAGAGGCCCUACAAAUGUCCUGACUGCGGGAAGGGCUUCACCCAGAGCUCAGAUCUCAUUACCCACCAGAGAAUUCACACAGGCGAAAAACCGCACCGCUGCCACCAGUGUGGAAAAGGCUUCAGUGUCAGCUCGGGGCUGGCCCGGCACCGGCGGGUCCACACUGGGGAGCGCCCCUACAAGUGCCCUGAGUGUGGGAAGAGCUUUGGUCGCAGUUCCAACCUGCUGACCCACCAGCGCACACACACAGGAGAGCGCCCGUACCAGUGUGGGGAAUGCGGGCAGUGCUUCAGCCUCAGCUCCACCCUUGCCAAGCACCGGCGGCUGCACACGGGGGAGCGUCCCUACACCUGUGCCGACUGUGGGCAGUGCUUCAGCCUGGGCUCCACCCUGGCACUGCAUCGGCGCAGUCUGCACACGGGUGAGCGCCCCUACCAGUGCACUGACUGCGGCAAGCGUUUUAGCCGUAGCUCCAACCUGGCCACGCACCGCCGCAGCCUGCACACAAAUGACCGGCCCUACAGCUGUGCUGAGUGCGGCAAAGCGUUUGGUUGCAGCUCAGACUUGCUGGCCCACCAGCGCAGCCACUCCGAGGAGCGGCCCUAUCACUGUGCUCAGUGUGGCAAGGGGUUUGGCCGCCGUUCCAAUCUCCUGGCACAUCAGCGCAGCCACACCGGGGAGCGGCCCUUCCCAUGCGGGGAGUGUGGGAGGUGCUUCAGCCGGCGCUCCGACCUCGUCAGCCACUGCAGGACCCACACCGGGGAGCGGCUCUACCUGUGCACCCAGUGCCCCAAGAGCUUUGGGCAGAGCGCCGACCUGCUAUCCCACCAGCACACCCACACUGGGGAGCGACCCUACCACUGCCACCAAUGUGGCCAGAGCUUCAGCCUCAGCUCCAACCUCCUGGCCCACCGCAGGGUCCACACCGGGGAGAGGCCCUACCACUGUGCCCAGUGUGGGAGGGGAUUUACCCGCACCGGCAACCUCCUGGCACAUCAGCGGUGGCAGCACGCAGUGGGAGAGACCACCUGAUGACACAGAAUAUGUGCAGGGAGAGAGAGCCCACCUGAGGGCACAGUCCAUGAGUGAGGAAAGUCUACCUGCCAGCACAGAACAUGCACGGGGGAGAGUGACCACCUGAUGGCACAGAACAUGGUAUGAAAGAAAAUUAUCUUGAAUGCUUAUGACUCAAUGUCCUCAGAGAUAAAGAACAAGACGCGGUAUUAGUUGGUGUCUGGUACAGACCACCAAAUCACACCAGGGAACAGGGAGACCAGCUCCUUAUACACCUAUUUAUAAGGUGUAGAUAAAAAUGCUGUGUGGUCCUGGGGCAUUCCAAUUUGAGUGACAUAUGCUGAAGGUCUCAUGCUGCCAGUAUUAAAACAUCCUUGAAUUUCUAAACGUUAUAGAUAAUGUCCUAACUCAAAAAGUAUUGCAUCCAACAUGAGGGUUGACAGAUAAAGAGGAAUUAAUCAAAGAACUAAAAAUUAAUGGUAACUUAGGUACAAGUGAUCAUUACUUGAUCAGAUUUAUACUGUGCAAACAGAAUAAAGUCCAGACCAGUGAUAUAUAUACUUGGUGCUUUAAAAGAGCCAAUUUCACAAAGCUGAAAACAAUUAUGAACCAAAUCACCUGGGAGGAAGAAUUGAAUCAGAAAAAUAUGAUUGAUAAUUGCGAAUUGUUUAAGAAGACUUUAUUAAAUGCCUAAAAAGCCAAAGUCCCACAAUUGAGGAAGAAGGCCACUGAUCUGGUUCAGAGGGGAACUGAAGACAACUGUGGAAAAUAGAAAAAAAAAUACAGUGGAGUCACAUCAUCGGCGCAUUUAACUUACGCAAUUUUAACUAUACGCGCUCGGCAAAAGAAAAAACAAAAAGAGAAAAAUAACAAUUUAAAUACUGUACGUGUAGAGUGGGCGAUUCCGCCCGCCAUUCCAGUCAAUGAGCGUUUGACUAUAUGCGAUUUUCGCCUUACGCGCUGACUUCAGAACCUAACCCUGUGUAAGAUGCAACUCCCCUAUAUAUAACAAACGGAAGAAAGGGGAAGUUGAUGAAUAUAAAUCCGAAGCUAGGAAUUGUAGAAAAUUGAUUAGAGAAGCAAAGGGAUGCAGGGAAAAACCUCUGGCCAGGAGAGUUAAGGACUAUAAGAAGGAGUUUUUAAAGUAUAUUAGGAACAAAAAGAAUCCUGACAAUGGUCUUAGUCCAUAACUAGAUGGAAAUGGUAGAAUUGUCAGUAAUAAUGCAGAAAUGGCAGAAAUGUGCAACAAAUAUUUCUGUUCUGUAUUUGGGAAAAAAUAAAUGAUAUUGUCAUAUCAUAUGAUAUCAUUCCAUUCCACUAGUAUCGCAGGAAGAUGUUAAACCGUAGCUACUAAGGUCAGACAUUUUUAAAUAUAUAACUUGCAUCCAGAAGUUUUAAAAGAGCUGGCUGAGGAGCUUGCUGGACCAUUAAUGGGGAUUUUCAAUAAGUGUUGGAACACCGGGAAAGUUCCAGAAGCCUGGAACAAAGCUAAUGUUGUGCCAAUAUUUAAAAAGGAUAAAUGAGAUGACUGGAUAAUAUGGGACUGUCAGUCUGACACUGAUCCUAGGCAAGAUAAUAGAGCACCUGAUACAGGACUCAAUUAAUAAAGAAUUAAAAGAGGGUAAUAUAAUUAGUGCCAAUCAACAUGGGUUUAUGGAAAAUAAAUCCUGUCAAACUAACUUGAUACAUUUUUGGAUGAAAUUACAAGUUUGAUUGGCAAAGGUUACAGUGUUGACAUAAUAUACUUAGACAUCCGUAAGGCAUUUGACUUGGUAUCACAUGACAGUUUGAUUAAAAAACUAGAAAGAUAUAAAAUUAACUUGGCACAUAUUCAAUGGCUUAAAAGCUGACUCACUGAUAGGUGUUUAAAGGUAAUAGUAAGUGGAGAAUCAUCACUGAAUGGGUGUAUUAUUAGGGGGGUCCUGCAGGGAUUGGUUUUUGGCCCUACCCUAUUGAACAUUUUUAGUGAUGACCUGAAAGAAAACAUAAAAUCAUCACUGGUAAUGUUCGUAGGUGACACAAAAAUUGAGGAAGGGGUAAAUAAUGAAGAGAAGGUCGCUGAUUCAGAGCAAGCUGGAUUGCUUGGUAAACUGGGUGCUGGCAAACAAAAUGUGUUUUAAUAUCUACGUCUAGGAACAAAGAAUGUAGCCAGACUUACAGGAUGGGGAAGCAGUGACUUUGAAAAAGAUUUUUAGGGGCACUUGUGCAUAAUCAGCUGAACAUGAGCU